CUUGACCUAGACGGCGAAUUUCAUUCUUAAGGUCGUUAGACAUGCACAAGGUGGCAUCUGAAUUUGCAGUCUCAAAUGGAAUUCUUAAGGUGGUCGACGGAAACCCAUCUCUUUUAUCAUGUACACUUUUACCAUCUCCCGUACCAAAAGUAUUACUAUGUCGUGCUCAAUCAAUCCAAUGUGAUUUUAACUUGUUAUAUCACAGGGUUGCAAUAAAUCACGAAUUUCUGUAUGAUGUGUUGAAGCCCGUUCUUGCUGUUGACCCUUAUCUUCGCUCAUUAUGGGGUAUAUAUUCACGAAUUCGAACUAACGAAAUUACUCAGGAUAUAGUGUUAGGAUUGAACCGAUCCGAUUAUAUGCUUCAUGUACAAGGAGAUUUAUGCGAUACUAAACGGACUUCUCUUGCGAACCGGUUACAAAGUACAGUAGUAGCCGCUCAAUCUGAUAUUGAGACUCAAGAUGAAGCUUGGGAUGGUUUGUUGAUUCGACAAGUUGAAUUCAAUAUGAUUGCAUGUAGCUUUUGUGGUCUUGCUCAGCGUAUUGUUCCACAACAUCGUAUUUCCUUAUCUUUGCAUGGAAUUUCAAGCGAUUUAAAUAAUCGUGUACCGGAUUGCUUUUCUGCUGAUAGAUUUAGCGAAGCUUUAUUAUCUGCUUGUCGUAUGUAUGUCGAAGAUUGCUCUAGAAGAAAUUUAAUCACGUCAAACAUAUCUAUUCUUGUAGUUGUUGGUAAGAAUGAAAAAAAUAUUUAUGAUCAACGAGCAUUGAUUGGUUGUCUUCUACUGAAAAAUCCUAAAGUGAAUGUGUUAUAUCAUUCAUUUGAUUAUCUAAAAACUGGUCUAAAAUUGGAUGUGAAUUCCCGUUUAUUUGUAGACAAUCAAGAGGUAGCUGUUGUAUAUUUUAGAACUGGCUAUACUCCAGAUGCUUUCCCUGAUGACGAAACAUGGGAUGUGAAAUAUCAACUUGAACGGUCGUUAGCUAUCAAAUGCCCAUGCAUACAAUAUAUGCUUGCAAAUACAAAAAUAAUACAGGCCGCCCUAUCAAAACCGAAAUAUUUAUCUAGAUUUUUUAAUCCGGAUAGUUCAAGUUAUUUAAAUAUUUUAUCUACAUUCGCCCAUCAAUAUACAUUAGAUGAAGAAAUGGGAAUAUCGGAUUCCACUGAGAUUCAAUAUGUAAUUAACGAUUGUCUAUUAAGACCAGAUAAUUAUGUUUUGAAACCACAGAGAGAAGGUGGAGGGAAUAAUUAUUUUGGAGAGGAACUUGUUCAGAAAUUAAAGUCAAUUAUGAAUCAUUCUGAAAGAAAACUGUAUGUACUUAUGGAGCGUAUACAACCAUAUAUUUUUGAAAAUUCUAUAUUGAAUUCAACUUCAGCUUCUGGAGAAUUAAAUGUCAAGAAAAUGGUUACUGAAUUGGGUACUUUUGGUGCAAUUCUUGCGUGUAAAGAUGAAAUCUUCCUGAAUGAGUUUUCUGGUCACCUUCUUCGAUCAAAACCACUGGAAUCUAAUGAAGGUGGAAUAGUAGCAGGUUAUGGUUGCCUUGACUCUCCAUUCCUCGUUUAAUACGUUUCAAUUACUUUCAUUUUGCUUCAGUGAAAUAACAAUUAGAAUGAUUUUAAAAAAUACAUGAUUUGAUAACUUUAUUCAUUAUAGU